UUCUUCAGCAAAUAAAUUGUAAGGUAGAUGAGGGGAAGGGAGGAAGAGAACCUGCAGAUUAAGAGAGACUUAAGAGACUUAACCAAUUAUAAUAUAUUUUAGAUCCUGAUUUAAAGAGUAAAAAAAAAAGAAUAAAUUGUUUUUCCAAAGCAAAUUGGAAAAAGAUGAGGUAACAAUUGGGGAAAUUUGAAUACUGACUAGAUAUUUGAUGAUACUAAGGAAUUUUUGUCACAUUUCUUUAGUGGGGUGAUUGUAUUAUGGUUAUGUUUUAAAAGUGAGUAUCUUGUAGAGAUACAUAUAAAAUUAAGAAUAAAUGUUAUGGGUUUUUGAAGCAGUUCCUGAAGUGACAGCUGGAAAAACCUGGGCCGCCUCCGGAACAGAAAUCCAGGUGUGGAGAUUGAUCCUGCAGGGGAAAGGGCUUCAUCAUGGCAGAUGACCUAUAUCAAUUCCUGUGGAAAAAAUUACCAAGUUUUGAAGGGCCCCAUGCUAUUGUUGUAUCAGAUAGAGAUGGAGUACCUGUUACUAAAUUGGUCAAUGAUAAUGUCCCAGAGUAUAAAAGAACUGGUUUCUUAACUACUUUUGCCCUUGCAACAGACCAAGGUAGCAAACUUGGUCUUUCAAAAAACAAAAGUAUUAUCUGGUACUGUAACAGCUACCAGGUGAUUCAAUUCAAUCAUUUACCUUUGGUGGUGAGUUUCAUAGCCAGCAGCGGUGCCAACACCGAACUAAUUGUCAGCCUAGAAAAGGAACUUGCUCCAUUAUUUGAAGAACUGAGACAAGUUGUCGAAGUUUCUUAAUCUGACAGUGGAUUCAAUAUGUACCUUAUCUUCAUUAUACCAGAUAUAGUAUCAAUCCAGCAAUCUUAACACCACAAUAAUACUUGUAUCCAUAUACUCAUGAAA